AGAACUGUUCCAUGGUCUGUUGAGUGUCUUGAGAACUGUUCCAUGGUCUGUUGAGUGGCACCAGCACCAGUCAUGUACCAGGUGGUACCAGGGGGAGCGGGGGGCACCAUCACAGAUGUGAUCCCCAAGCAGAAGCACAGCAAGGACACCCGACCCAUAGUCGGCGCAGGAGUCCUGGGUCUGGUCCUGGUGAUCGCCGCGGUGGCGGCGUGGUCUUACUACAUCGCCUCGCUGCGGAAAGCUGAACUGCUGAAGACUCAGCUGCUGGACCUAAAUAAAGAUGGCUACAUCAUCCGCAACCAGGGAGGGGCGAUUGUCUUCAGGAUGGACUUUAGAUCGGGGACUUUGGAUUUGGACUCUUGCACCAAAGAAGGGGAGCUCCUGAGCUGUGGACGGACCACUGACCGACGUCUCAACUUCUUCAUCGAGACGGUGCGGCCCAAGGACACGGUGCAGUGCUACCGUGUGCGUUGGGAGGAACUGGUUCCUGACAUUUCUGUCGAGCAUGCCAUGACGUACAAAUUUGCCCACUGGUAUGGCGGUGCGGUGUCAGCUAUCCAACACUGGCCCAUUUCCCUCUCUGGGCAACAGUCUCCUAAACCCUUCGUUACGAGUGACAUCUACACAAACCGCAAUGAGUUUGGCGGAAUCUUGGAGAGCUAUUGGCUUUCCUCCAAUGCCACGGCAAUUAAGAUUAAUAAUUCCGUGCCGUUCCAUCUGGGCUGGAAUGACACAGAGAAGACUAUGUACUUCCAAGCUCGCUACAAUGACAGUCCCUUCAAGCCAUACCCGGGGGAGGCUCCAUGCGCUGAACUUAGUUACAGAGUAUGCGUCGGCUCUGAUGUGACAUCCAUACACAAGUACAUGGUCCGUCGGUACUUCAACAAACCAAACAAAGUGCCUGCGAAAGCCAUGUUUCAGCAUCCUAUUUGGUCCACAUGGGCACUUCAUAGGACUGACAUUGAUCAAGACAAAUUUUUGAAGUACGCCGCCAACAUCCGCAAGUAUAAUUUCAACUGUAGCCACUUGGAACUAGAUGACCGUUACACGCCCCGCUAUGGAGAAUUUGAGUUUGACCCAAACAAGUUCCCCAAUGCCUCCUCCAUGUUUCAAAAGCUCAAAUCAGAUGGAUUUCUCGUGUCCCUUUGGAUCCACCCUUUUGUCAACUACGAUUCUGAGAACUUCCAUACUUGUGUGGAAAGGGGCCUGUUUGUCCGAGAGCCUACAGGCCGUCUGCCAGCUUUGGUACGUUGGAAGAACGGCAUCGGUGGAAUUGUGGAUUUCACAAACCCCGAAGCUCGAGAUUGGUUUGCCUCCCAGCUUCGGUCCUUCCGCUUCAGAUAUGGGGUAUCCUCUUUCAAAUUCGACGCGGGCGAGACCAACUACUUACCGUGGAAGUUCAGUACCAGAACUCCCAUCCGGGAUCCGAGUUUUUUCACGAGACGCUACACAGAAAUGGCUAUUCCGUACAACGACAGAGCAGAGCUGCGUAGUGGCUACCAAUCGCAGAACAUAUCCUGCUUCUUCAGGCCUAUUGACAGGGACUCUGUGUGGGGCUAUGAGUUGGGGCUCAAAUCUCUUAUUCCCACAGUGCUCACCAUCAGCAUUCUGGGUUAUCAGUUUAUUCUACCAGACAUGAUCGGAGGGAACGCCUAUCUGAACCGCACAGAUGGAAAUAGGGCCUUACCCGACCGAGAACUCUACAUACGCUGGCUGGAGUUGUCCGCUUUCAUGCCCUCCAUGCAGUUUUCUAUCCCACCGUGGGCAUAUGACAACGAGGUGGUUGAAAUAGCCCGCAAAUACACCGAUCUGCAUCAGAGUAUUGUGGCGCCACGAGUUCUGGAGCUGGCCGGCGAGGUGCUGGACACCGGCGACCCCAUCAUACGACCUUUGUGGUGGAUUGCCACGGGUGACGAGACGGCCUAUAAAAUUGACUCCCAAUUCCUGAUUGGAGAUGACCUCAUGGUCGCGCCUGUUUUAGAACCGGGGAAGCAAGAGCGUGAUAUUUACCUCCCCGCUGGUCGCUGGAAGAGCUAUAAAGGGGAAAGGUUUGAUAUCAAAGAGCCACUGCACCUCACAGACUACCCUGUAGACCUGGAUGAAAUUGCGUACUUUGUUUGGGUCUAGAAGGAAGGCUUGGUUUGUCACUUUGCAGGGUUUUAUUCAUUUUGGCAAAGGACGCCUUCAGGGCUCGUUGCAGUUCAGAUCUCACCUCAAGUGUUAAAUGGUUUUUAGAAAAGAUCUCAAUCAUUAAUCCUAAAUUGAAUUAACUCAUGUACAUCUGGCACUAUGAGAUGGCAAAGGUACUUUAACGUGUACGGCUGAUUUUCAAAAAGGGAACACGCUUACUGUGAAUCGAGUGCUGUGGAACCUCCAUUUACGGACUUAAUUGGUUCUUGAACAUGGUUUGCGAACUAAAACGUUGGUAUAGUGAAGCAGAUUUCCCCAUUAGAAACAAUGUAAACAUGAAUCAUUGUUUCUAGCCUCGACAAAUGUCCCUAUUUUAUAAAAAAAUGCACACUUUGAAGACACUAUAAUGUGUGUAUAUACUCCAGAUGGUAUAUAUCAGGGGUCCCCAACCUUUUUUCCACCAGGGACCGGUUUAAUGUAUGCAUUAUUUUCACGGACCGGCUUUCCAUGUAUGGCAAAUUAAAAACAGCAAAAAAAUGAGCAUGAAAAUUCAACUCAUUAUAACGCUAAAGUAGGCACGUUGAUGGCAUUUACUGUAUACCAGUGUUUCUUAACCAUAGGGCUGGGUCCCAGUGUUGGCCCGCGAGCGCCCCCUAGACUUAUUGGGGUGUUA